AUGAACUCAAAGGACCCCAAGAAGUGCCCCCAGGGUAAGAAGAGUAGAAACAAGGCCCAGGAAGAAUUUGCCAGGAAGUUUCCGUACAGGUUCUCCUGGCUGACGGAACCCACUACAGAGUUCCUGCAGCCCUGGGAGGUCACGAAGAUGAGCACCUCACUGAGGGACCAGCUGCCCCUGCAGAAGACGCUGGUGCCAACGAGAUCCAUCCCAGUCAGAGGGCUUGGGGCCCCAGAUUUUACAUCACUGUCCUGCUUGUACCGUCCACCACCACCGCCACCUCAGAGCCAACUUUGGGAACUCAAGCUAGUGAGCCGCCGCUUCCCCGGGCCAGGUGCCCGCGCCGCCCACCCCUCCAGAAGCCUCUCCCAGGGCCCCGCUCCCCGCGGCCUCCCUCUCGGCCCCCGGUCCCUGGCGCUCCAAGCAGCAGCCACAGACAGAGGUGAACUCUAG